AUGGCUACCGCUGCUGAACUAGGCUCAACUUGCGCCUUCACAACUCGCAUUUCGCUCCGAUGGGUCCCGGAGGUCCCGGAGGAGACGACGGAUACAAUUGUCCUUUCCGUGGGAGAGUAUUAUCUUGACUUGCGCAUGGACAAGAAGACUGGAGGAAUCGACUGGGCUAUGGCCGGUACAAACAUUGCAGAGAACCCGAAUGAAACACCCCUCAAAAUCUCCUUCACCCGCGAACUGGACUCUCUCAAUGAGAUUGGAAUGGUCGAUGUUGCCAGAUUUAGCCCGCUACCCAAUGGCGAUGAUCUUGAACAAGGUGAAAUGCCUCAUCCUGAUCUUCCUGGGCAACCGAUGACUGCAUUUGAGGAGGUUUGGCGAAACCUGCCAUUCAAAGAAGGCCCUGAAGGUGCGAAGACGGGCAUUUCGUGGAUUCUUGAAUCCGAUGAUGAGAAUCCUACCAAAAGCGAGCAGGAAGGGGAGGUGACUGUGAACAAACUGUUCUUCGGCCGCAUCUGGGGAACAUUCCUGGCAUUCCACCAGAUUCAGACCCAUUCUCGAGAAAAGGGCUCAGAGGGAGGUUUAUCUCUCAAGAGGACCGGGUCCGAUGUCACAGCUAGAAGGGAAGAAUGGACUGGAGCAGGGUGGGAGGAAAAGUAUCUGGUGGGGCCUGCUGCUGAUGCUGUUCCUUCGAUGAAGUCUGGAUUCAAGGGAGAAGGCAAGGGUUCUUGGAGAAUUCCUGGUGAAAAGGUGAUUGUUGAGGGCCGGUCUUUCAUCGUUCGGGCGUUUGAGGAGAUCGCAUGA